ACAAAAUAAUAAUAAAAAUCAAUUAUUAACUGAUUUCAUUCUCUCUAUAUAAAGAGCGCAUGGAAGAAGUUUCUGAAACUUUUCAAGCGACAGAGAAUAAAAGAUGUAACGGCAAGCGGCCGUUACACCCCUCCCCUCUUUUUGGGCUUUCCGUAGAAACGCUGUGAAAUAAAAACUAAAAGUCGGUAGGGCCUCGUAAUUUCAGAACUGAUUGGAAACUCAAUGGAGCACUUUUUCGUUUUUAUUUCAAGUUUUCAGCUGUUGCCGCUCACCAGUUUUUCAGAAAACUAGGUAUUUCAUUGUUACGAUCCCCUUAAAUUUCAUCCGAAUGAGUUCAAAAUGAGUUACGCGAAUGAGUUUUACCGGAGGUACGUAAGGUCAUUCCUCAGAGGUAAUUUCUGGGAAUUUUUCUGAGACCUUUCCUGGGUGGGUUAUAGGAAAAAUACUGAAAAACGUCUCAAAAAUGUGAAACGUCGUCUGUCAGACUAUGUGUAAGAAAAAUUGUGGAUGUACAGAAAAUGAGAGAAAAGUUUAUGAAACUAAGGAAUUGAGCUUUUUAGGUUAACGUAAAACCUCCAUAACUUUUUGAAAAAACAAUGGUCGCGGAGUACUGGGAGUGGUCUUAUUUUGUAGCCCACACUUUCCUCUACAUUAGGCUAUGCUCAGCUCAAAAUCCAAAAUUUUUCCAAAAAAGACGGGAGGGAUACCCUUAAGAAACACAGAAUUUUUAAUGAAGGCUCUCUAAACGUUUCUGUUACUUCUCUGCAAUGUAUCCGCAAAUGGGUGAAUUCCAGUUUCGGCUAACCUUAUGUCAAACUUUUUGUCGUUGUUCUUAGGGACUCGUGUAGUUUAUGAAACUCUCUUACGUUCAGCGACACAAACCGAUAUUUUAAAUUUUGUUUUAAAUGGUAAGGAUUUAAAACAAGUUUUACCGUCUAAUGACCGUACUCAAUAUAAAUUUCCGAAUGUUAGUACAAUUAUCGGCUCAAUAAUGCAUUGCAAACCGAAUGAUAUUACGACUCCGCCAGAUAAUUUUCAGCACUUUAUUGAACAAACAAAUGAAUGGUUCAAAUGGUUUGAAAGAUUUAUUGAUACGUUUCAUCCCAUUAUCGAAUGGUUAAAAACGUACAAUGUCGAUGAAGUUAAGACAUUGCUAACAGAUAUCCAUCAAACACAGCAACAAGAUGCACAAUUAUUGUUCGUUCGGACGGUUGUGGAGAGAAUGAUAAAGUCGUUAAAACCGUUUACGGAUUUACACCGUCUAUGUUACAACUUCAAUUGUUUGACAGCGUUUGCUAUCACGCAACCCGGCGAACUGGAUAUUAAUCUCAAAUCACCUGACUUUAUCCUACAAAUGAAACGCUCUUGUCCAUCAAAUUUUUUUGUAGUUGAUGAAAAAAUUCACGAUAAACUAGCUGUUAGAUUAAGCGGUCAACAACUCGUUCAAUGGUCUUUAGCAUGUGAAAAUUCAUCGUGUAAUAUUGAAAUAAUCUGCAAUAAAAUUGAAAUAUAUAAAAAAGAUAAUGUACAAAUUAAUAAACAUGUUUUAUCUGGUGAAUUUGAAGUCCAGAAAAGUGGCCAUUUGGAAAUAUUGAUAAACAACCUGGCAAGUAAUGCACCAAGGACGUUAUGGUAUCAUGUGAAAAUGAGCAAUUUUUCUACAUGUUUUCUAUUUCGUGGUAUUUUUACUCAGUUCUAUGAAAAAUAUUUUGAACGUGCUCAACAGCUAUCAGAAGAUGAUAUUAAUAAAAUAUUAAAGGAAGUGUUCAAAUUUAUCGAUAAACUAUUGACUGGUAAUAUCAGUUUGCUUGAAAUGUCUGAUUUAAAAUCGAUUUUUCGCACGAACAAUAUUGAUAUACGAAAUGAAGUUAAAAAUCUUAUUUCAAGUAGCGCAAAGGACAAAAUUGAUAAAAAUCAAGUUGAUCACAUAUGUGAUUGGCUUCAAACAUAUCAAUAUUUCAGUUUUAUCCAACCAAUUAUCGAAUGUAUACAAAUGUUUAAUAUAAUUAAUGACACGUAUGAAGACGACGAUAAUGACGACCAUUUUCUACAGCAUUUACAAACAAUUAACAGCGAUAAUCAAAACAGUCCACUGAAAGAUAUCGCUCAUUCAUACAAAAUAUUGAAACAACAAUUUCAAGGUCUUGAUAAUCGUCACUUUGAACUUAUUAAACUUGUGACAUUUGAAUGUUCAUCUGUUAUUCAAAUGUUACAAAAAUCUAACUGGCAUAGCCAAUCUGGUCGACGACGUUUUCAAGAACUUAGAGACAAUUUGACAACACUGUUUCAGUUACAAGAAAGAAAUAAUAUGAUAUUGAAUGCCCUGAUUGUUACCCACAACGUUUGUGAACCAUUUAUCUUGAAAGCAAAAAAUUUACAAGAGUUUGUUCAAAGAUUAUUGAAUUUACACAAUCUCGAUGAAUCAUUGAAACAAAUACGAAUAGUGAAUGAUAAUAAUCAGCUGGUUAAUAUGUGGUUAUCGAUCGAUGAAACGAAUACCUUGGAUAAUGCGUUAAUAACGAUGGAACAUUUGUAUAAAACUGGCGAAGUGCAUAUCUAUUUACAACGAUUAAAAACUGAACAAUCAUAUUUUGAAAUCGACUAUUACAUUGACACAAUACAAAACAAAGAGCAACAUCUUGAAGACUAUGAUGAUGAACAGCAACAACAUCAACAUGAAGAUAAACGAAUCAAAUUUACCAUGUCCAUGUCUGACAUUGAAGAUCAUAAACGUCAGCUGACUUUCACGAAUGUUGAUCUAAAUAACAUGUUGCACACAAAAUUACUGUUGAAUGAACAGUUGAAGAUUCUCCACAUAAUCGAAAAAAUUUAUUUAGUUUUGACAAAGCUGGAAAAAAGUGGUCAUCCUGAGUAUCAACUAAAACAUAAAAAAUUUGAAAUAUACGAUCGACAAGGUAUGCUGAUACUCAAGAGUGAAGAUCCCUAGCUGACAUCCUCCGAUUUCGAUUAUCUUUUGCCAAUAGAUACUAUAUGAUGUCCUAGUCUUAAUCUCCAAAGGAGUUGGUUGUAUAGCUCUUCUGUCAAAAGUUAUGAAUUUUUUAAGAUUGGCCACAGGAGAUUCUGAUUCAUCAUUGUUUACUUUUCAAAACUCGUCUACAUGUGUGCUAAACAGCCAAAAUCCU